UCGCCGGCGCCCGGAGACGCGGAGCGGCGCGCGGCUCUGACGCUACUGCCCGGCGCCCAGCAGCCGUGACGUCAAGCGCGCGCCCGGAAGGCGGCUAGGAGGCGUACGAGCCCGAGACCCGCCGUCCGGUCGCCGGCGGAGCGGCUCAUGGAGGCGCCGCGCGGCCGAGCUUGCGCCGAGGGCGCCCCGCCGGCGGCGGAGGUGCGCUGCCCGGGCCCCGGGCCGCUGCGGCUGCUCGAGUGGAAGGUGGCGGCGGGCGCGGCCGUGCGCAUCGGCUCCGUGCUGGCGGUGUACGAGGCCGCCGCCUCCGCGCAGCCCGCCGGACCCGCCCGCGCUCACCGCCGCUUGCGCUCCGAGCGCGCCGGGCUGGUGCGGGAGCUGUGCGCGCUGCCCGGACAGGUGCUGGCCCCGGGGACUUUGCUCGUCAAGCUGGACGGAUGCAGCCACCCCGUCGUGAUGAAAGGCUUGUGCGCGGAGUGCGGCCAGGACCUGACCCAGCUGCAGAGCCAGAGUGGGAAGCAGCAGAUGCCCCUGUCCACAGCCACGGUGUCCAUGGUGCACAGCGUCCCCGAGCUGAUGGUCAGCUCAGAGCAAGCAGAGAAGCUGGGCCGGGAAGACCAGCAGCGACUGCACCGCAACCGGAAGCUAGUGCUCAUGGUGGACCUGGACCAGACGCUGAUCCACACCACGGAGCAGCACUGCCCGCAGAUGUCCAACAAGGGCAUCUUCCAUUUCCAGCUGGGCCGGGGGGAGCCCAUGCUACACACGCGCCUUAGGCCCCACUGUAAGGACUUCCUGGAGAAGGUGGCCCGGCUCUACGAACUGCACGUCUUCACCUUCGGCAGCCGGCUGUACGCACACACCAUUGCAGGAUUCUUGGACCCUGAGAAGAAGCUCUUUUCUCACCGGAUAUUGUCGAGGGACGAGUGUAUCGACCCGUUUUCUAAAACUGGAAACCUCAGAAACCUCUUUCCAUGUGGGGACUCAAUGGUGUGUAUCAUCGACGACCGAGAAGAUGUCUGGAAGUUUGCUCCCAACCUCAUCACCGUGAAGAAAUACGUCUACUUCCAGGGAAUUGGGGACAUCAACGCCCCUCCUGGGGCCCGGGACCCUGCGGCCAAGAAGAGAGCAGUGGUGAAUCACUCCCCUAAAGGCGCUGAUGCCAUGGAGCACACGCCUGCGGCCAGGGACCCUGGGGACGGGAAGCACGUGUGCAGGGCCGAGCGGAGUAACGGGCUCAGCAAGCCCGUGAGGGACUGGCCUGGGGACGCCCCAGCGGAGGACAGGGGCGCCCAGCCCGGAUGCUCCCCCCCAGCGGGCCGGACUCUGGCCGAGAAGCGGGGCGUCCAGGGCCCCGCAGGCAGCGACCUUCAGUUCGACCUGUCCAGCGACAGCGAGGGCGGCAGCGAGUCUGAGGAGCGGUCCUCGUCCGAGGGCGAGGCUGGGGACCGCAGGGGCCAGAGACGGCCGUGCGCACGGGACCUGGGGAGAGCAGAGCGGCCUGGCUCUAACCACUGCGGGGAGCCGGACGGGCCCGAGGAGACCGAGCGGGACGGGCUGUGCGGCCUGGGGGGCGGCUGCGCCGACAGGAAGGAGGCCGAGACCGAGUCGCAGAACAGCGAGCAGUCGGGCGUGACGGCGGGCGAGUCCCUGGACCAGAGCGUGGAGGAGGAGGACGAGGAGGACUGUGACGGAGACGACCACCUGGUGCACCUGGAGGCCAUCCUGGCACGCGUACACGCCGCCUACUAUGCCCAGUACGACCGCUUCCUGCGAGGGGAGCUGCCCGAGGCCCCCGACAUCCGCAGGAUCGUGCCCGAGCUCCGGGGCCGGGUGCUGAGCGGUGUGGCCGUGCUCUUCAGCGGCUUGCACCCCACCAACUUCCCCGUGGAGAAGACGCGCGAACACUACCACGCCCGCGCCCUGGGGGCCCGCGUCCUCACGAAGCUGGCGCCGGACCCCGAGGACCCCGACCGGCCCACCCACCUGGUGGCCGCGAGAGCAGGCACAGAGAAGGUGCGGCAGGCCCAGGAGAGCGGGGCGCUGCACGUGGUGAACCCCGACUGGCUGUGGAGCUGCCUGGAGCGCUGGGACCACGUCGAGGAGCAGCUCUUUCCCCUCCGAGACGACUACGGACGUUUGCAGAGGGAGGACAGCCUGAUGGCCUUCCCUGACCGACAGGGGCCACUGCCUACCGCCUUGUUCCACCCGGUGCCCGUCCAACCCCGGCCCCAGCCUGGCCCCGAGGUCCGAGUCUAUGAUGCCACCACAGGCAAGCUCAUCCGGAAGGGCGCUGCAGGUCCCGGGGACCACUCUUCUUUCAGAGCGGCUCGACCACAGCAGCAGAUGCUGGGUGACGAGGUCCCCGAGAGCGCGGACGGAGCCCGGCCGGGUCCUUCCAGGAGGAAACGGCAGCCCAGCCUGUCAGAGACCAUGCCGCUGUACAGCUUGUGCAAGGAGGACCUGGAGAGCAUGGACAGGGAGGUGGACGACAUCCUGGGGGAGGGUAGUGACGACAGUGACAGUGAAAAGAGACGGCCGGAGGAGCCAGAGGGGGAGCCCGUGGGGGCAGCCCCGCCCCGGGAGCCCCUGGCCACAGAGCCCCCCCAAGGGGACCCGGACCUGGCCGCCACACCCAGUGGGAAGAGUCCAGCUGAAGGCCGUGGCUCCAGAAGCCACAAGCGGAAGCUGCCAGAGGAAGACGCAGGAAGUGGAGACUCGAGUGUGGAGGACGAAGGCAGCAGCUCUGAGGCGGACGAGAUGGCGGCGGCGCUGGAGGCUGAGCUCGGGGAGUUCUUGUGACGGGCCGCAGGUCCCGGGAGACGCCUGUCUGAGGGCUGCACAGCUCCACGUAGAAAUGGACGUUUUUAAGCAGUCUUACUACCGCAAACUCUACUUUUCUACGAGACUCGAUGCUGAGGGCCCGUGCAGGGGUGUUCGGGGAGGCGGGGGCAGCCGGCGGAGGGCUAUGCUGUGGCCGGUGCCUUGGCACCCCAGCUUGAGCUGACCUGGGCGCCAGCUAGAGGAAGGGUCCACGGUCGGGACCCCACAGCUUUGGGCAUCGCCUGUCUGGGCGCCCCUGAGGUCUGUAAAGUUUUGUAAAUCUAUUUCAUAACCCACACAACAACAGAUCUUUCCUUUAAUAAAAAACCUUUUUGUAACUCUU